AUGCCUUCUCGGACUACAACUAUUACCACUCAUCAUCAUUCAACUCAACUUAACAUGCCAUCAACUUCAUCUUCUUCAAACACAAGAAAACCCAUCAGAGAUCGUCUUCUCAAUAACACCCAUCAAAAUCAGACCUUACAGCCUUUAACUCGAAGAAGAAGCGCACGAACAAGUAAUGAAACUUCCACUACUGAAAACACAAGCUUUGGUUCAAUUGUCAUUCAACCUACUCAAAAUGGUUAUCAUCAUCAUCAGGAAACAACAUUACCACCUACAAAGAAACGGAAAACAAAUCGUACACCAGUAGAUUCAGAUUCAGAUGAUCAUCCAACCACUUCGAUUCUUCAAAACCAACAAAAUCGUAUAUCACACUCUCAUCAUUCUACUCCAAAGCAUCAUAGACUUGGAUCAAGUCAACCUACUGGAGAAGAAACAAAUCACACCCCUCAUCAUCAUUCAAGGAACCGUAAUAAACCUCAUACGAGUACUCUUGCCAAUACUACUACCACUUCACGACCUGCUCCUAUACCCACUCGACAAACUUCGGGUGUUUUUACCUUCACAACCAAACGUUUUCAGACUCCUGCAAAACCUGAUUCCUCAUUCAGUGCAGACGAACAUCGGCUUGAACCCGAAAAUGAUAGUCCGAUCGAACCUAGAUCAAUCAAUGGAUACCGAAGCACCAGAGAUAAUAUCUUAACCAAUGAUCUUCGCAUACCUGAUCACAGCUCAUCGCUUCUUACCACUUCUCAUGAUACUCGGCAUUCUCAGAAUUCAAAUCAGAGAGAUCGAAAAGGAAAAGGAAAAGCAAAUGGACUACCAAAUGAUCGACCUAACAAUCGACCGCGCUCUAAUCGGAAUCAACAAUCUCCCGUAUCACCUGAUAGGAUCAGUAAUGGUCGAUUCACACCAGAUUCACCUCCUACUCGAACCAGAACUCCUAAAACUUCCAAAAAGCAUCCUAAUAUAUAUGGCAAGAAGGACAAAACGGUAGAUGGAGAGAUGCCGGUAGUCAUGGCUGAAACACCGAUGCAAAUCAAAAACAAACAUUUCAGACAAACCGGCCGGAGAGAUGAUCCAAGUGAGAAUGGCUCAGCCGGGGAUUUAGUCGAAUCAGGCUCAUCAUCUAGCUCCCGCAGAGCAAGUGGAACGAGUAUAGAUCGAAGAGGAGGUCGAGCCAGUAGCAUAGGGAAUGGUCAUGAAGCACUGCCUCAUCCACGCGUUCCAUCCGACUGCCUUCAUCGACAUAUUCAAUUGGAUCUACCUCCAAUUGUACGAUGUCGAACGUUGUUAUCAUGGACAAGUCAAAAAGCCGAUGAUAUAACAAAACUAUCACUAUCUGAAACCUUUGAACCAAGUCGAAUCUCAUUCGAAGCUUUACCAUCACCCGUCACCGCAUCAGUUAGAGGUUUGAUUGGUCGACAUUCGAAUUUAUCAAAGCUUAGGAUUAAAGUCAUUGAAGAAGUCGUCAGUAAAGUCGUAAAAGGUGUCUGUACAAAUCAACUUGAUUUGUCUUGGUUCGAUGCUCCAGAUCAACCUCUUGAUACUCCCGCGAUUCAUAGUCGUAAUCAAUUUACAGAGAGUACUGAAGAUCUUCCACCUAAUCCUCAAGAUUUGUUGAAUCAAUCUAAGGCACGCGACCUUGAAAACUGGCGACAGAGGUUGUCUUACGAAGAUGGAGCGAGGCAAUAUGAAUUAAAUAGAUACUCUACUCUAAUCAAUAGGCUAUCUUCACCAUCAACAAAAUUAGAUGAUCAGGAACAAGAAGAAAUCAAAUUGGAUAAAAAGACAUUAGAGGAUAUAGAAGUUGCGAUCAAAAUUGGAAGAAGAUUGAGGAGAGAUGAUACAGAUCAUCAAGGAGAUGUGAUUGAUGUAUCUAAAGAAGUUCAAGGAGAUUGGUUGAAUGUUCAUAGUCAAUUAUCAAUCUUAACCGAAAAAGUUGAAAUUUUAAAAGAUAAAUCCAUGAGAAUCGAAAAUCAAAUCGAAUCAAGAUUAAAAGAAUGUACCGAAAGAUUAAAAUUGAUUGAAAUCUCAGAAGAAAAACGAAAAGUGGAAAGAAAAUUAAAUUUGAUUGGUAGAGGAGAAGAAGGAGAAGAAGGAAAUGAAGAUGAAGAUGAAGAAGGUAAAGAAGAAAGAUUAGGUUGGUGUUUGGAUCAAUGGGAUGGGUUUUUUGAAAGGAAUGGAAAACGAGAUUUGUUGAGGUCUAUUAGUAGGACUUUAGAUGAUUGA